AGAAAUUGAUUUUGCAAUAAUAAUGCUAGCAGGUUUUAAAAUGACUAUAAAAUAUGCACUAUAUAUGCUUUCAUUUUUUUUCCUCAUCGGCCAUGCUAGAAGACGGUAUGGUCAAGGAAUCCCUGAUGCUUUGUUACCAGGAAGAACCAAACCAUUAAAAAACGAAGAGGCUAAAAUAAAAAAUAAAUUAUUCUCUAUGGUAGGACAAUCGAAGAACACCAUAGAUAAAAAAAUGGAAGACAUAGACACAGUGCACGAACUUUUUAAAAAUAAUACGUUAUACAAAAUAGGUUAUAUCGUCAGUUAUUUAAAUAAAACCCAUGAUGGAUUGAAAGGGAUAUUUAGAUAUAUGGACAAGAAAAGAAAUGCCUUGAAUGUGUUGAGGAUUUUGAGUACUUACGAGAAGAUGAUAAAAGCUAAUGAGUUUCUUUCGGAGAUGUUGAAGAUACUAAACCACAUGGUAAUGAGACAGAAGACUUUAAACCACGCGAAAAACGACUCUAAAAUGGAUACACAUGAGCCGAGAUUCGGUUGGUCGUAUUACGACGAAGAAACUUCGGCUAAAUAAAUUGUUACUAUA